GGGGCGAAAGGGCCGAGAGCGGCGCAGCGGGGCGCCCGCCCAAGGAGCUUUCAGUCCGGCUGCACCUGCUGGCACAAGCCCAGCGCGGGCCCCAGCCGGGUUGGCGCAGGGGGAGCUGCAGCCCGUUUGCCCGGGUUAAACCCGAGAGGCUAAAGAAGCAUUGGAAAAUGGGGAAGUUCCUGUUGGCUGCCUUAUGGUCUAUAACAAUGAGAUUCUAGGAAAGGGAAGGAAUGAGGUGAAUGAGACUAAGAAUGCUACUCGACAUGCAGAAAUGGUAGCAAUCGAUCAAGUCCUAGACUGGUGUCAUCAACAUGAUAAGGAUCCUGCAGAAGUGUUUGCACACACAGUGUUGUAUGUAACUGUAGAGCCUUGUAUUAUGUGUGCAGCUGCCCUGCGCUUGAUGAAAAUCCCACUGGUUGUAUAUGGCUGUCAAAAUGAGAGAUUUGGAGGCUGUGGCUCAGUCUUGAAUAUCUCCUCGGCUAACUUAACAGACACUGGGGAACCAUUUCAGUGCAUUGCUGGUUAUCGAGCUGAAGAAGCAGUCGACAUGUUAAAAACCUUCUACAGACAAGAAAAUCCAAAUGCACCGAAAUCAAAAGUACGGAAAAAGGAAUGCAGUAAGUGAUAGUCUGCUACUGAUGGAAAACUGGAUAAUGAUACAAUGAUUUCCACCAGAAAAAGAUCUCUUCAUUGUUCCCUUUGAUGCAGCAUUUGGAUAUGGAAACAUUCAUGAACUUCAAAUAUGUUGAUGUAUGGUUUCACUAGUUAAGCAUUAUCGGUUUCUGUCAUUUUCUAUGGCUAUAAGUUGAAUGAUUUCUAAAAACCAAACAUAGCCUUUAUGAAGAAUGUAUGGUUUCUGUUUGGUGGGGAGUAUUUUUGAAUUAUAGUUCACACUGAACUUCUUUUCAGCCAUAUAGAUCCUAUGUUCCAUUGGAGUAAUUGCUAUUCUGUAUAGUACAUGGAUCAAUAUAUGUGUCCUUUUGUCUAUGGAGCAGCCUCUUGCUGUUAGACAGCAGGUAUUUAUAGAGACUAGAUCAAUAUCAAAAGCAGAUAAACAAGCUAGUUUAGAAAGUUAGGUUCAAUGAUCUUAGAAAAUUGAGAUCAGGCAAAUGUAACUGUUCACUGUUUUCUACUGUAGGCCAAGCUUUCAAAGAGUUUCUGAAAAGUCACAUAUGAAAAUGGAGGCAUUUACACAAAACUGCAUGUCUGACUACUUGAUUUGCAUAAACAAAUAAUUUGCAUAAUCAAAUGCCAGUUUUGCCUGCAUAAUAUCUGUGGGCAAAGUUUUGGAGGCUGUCAUGGAAGUUUGUCUCUAUUAUUCUUCUCUUGCAUGUUAGCGUAUAGAAAAAGAUUACAGUUAAUUAAAUCCACCAGUCAGUUGGACUGGUUCUAAACUACUAAAUUCCAGUGUUUAAAAUGUGUAAUCACAGAUGUGAAAACUAGGAAAGGAAAAUGGCAGUAAGAAAAAAGAACAAGAUGCGUGCAAUUCUAGUUUUUGGAGCAUUUGUUACUUACGUCACUUACAUAUGCUUUUGCUCGGCCAUGCUUUAAUUCAUAAUCCAGAAGAGGGCCUUACUGUUCCACUAAUGAAUAAAAAGUAUAGAUCUAAAUUGAAACCUGGAUUGUAUUGCUUUUGAUAGAUAUUUUGAGGGAAAAGAAAUUGAGAAAUGUCUUAUUUUGUAUUAAAGAAGAGAGAUUAGAAUUCUAUGAAUACAAAAGUCAAAAUCAUACUAUAAUUAAAUAUUUUCUACAACCAAAGUAACAUGUUGAAAUAUCGGAAGUAGGUGUGGGUUUUUGUUUUUUUGGAUGAUUAAAUAAAGAAACUUCACUUGUUUUAUGUGA